AAUUUCCAGCAGUUCUGCUGCAGUCCUGUCCUGUUGCUUGUAUUGCUUGCUGAGAAUGAUAGUUAGGAAAUGAUUGUGCAGGCCCUAGCACAUAGCACCAUUGAUCUGUAGAUCGUAUUUGCCAGAAUUGCAACAACAUCACGGCAUCAUGCUGCUUUGUUUGUUCAACAUCAUGGUUGCAAAUAGGCGAUCACAGAAGGGGCUUCGUGGCCCUCCUUUCCCAGCUCUCCACCUGCCCAGAUCUCAGUCAUCUCACUGCGUCCGUGUUUGCCUCGCACGCAAGCUCGCGGAGGGAGCAGCGGCAGCAGGACGCAUCAAGAGGGGACCGUCCGUCCGCCCGUACAGCCUCAGUGAGCGGAACCCUGAGGCCAAGGCAUGGGCGUGCCGCUCUGUCUGCCCCCGCCCACCCUUCCAUGCUGCUCCUGCAGUGCUGGACUCAUUGGCACACUCAAGCUCGCGGCUGCACCUUCGCCGUCCCCCUCCGCGACGCAGUUGCCGCUCUCAGGCGCCCGUCGGAGGUGCGCCGGCGUGGCGCAGGCCGCCGGUGAUGGGGGCGACGGGGAGGCGGGUAAGAGCGGUGCAGCGGCGUUCUUUGAGGAGGACAGGGUGGUGGAGGAUAUGGACGAGUACCUCGACUACCUGUCCCUCGAGUACGACUCCGUCUGGGACACCAAGCCUGUUUGGUGUCAACCUUGGACAAUCUUGCUUUCUGGAACUGUCGCAGCUGCUUGUAGUUGGGUGGUACUCCAAUCCAUUGUGAUUACUGCAGGAGUUUCUUUUGUAAUAUGUGCAUGGUGGUACAUAUUUCUAUACUCAUACCCUAAGGCAUACACCGAGAUGAUAGCAGAGAGAAGAAGAAAGGUAGCCAGUGGCGCUGAAGAUACCUACGGAAUGGAGAAAAUCCAGUGAGGAAUUUCCAGCAGUUCUGCUCUAGACCUGUCCUGUUGCUUGUAUUGCUUGCUGAGAAUGAUAGUUAGAAAAUGAUUGUGCAGGUCCUAGCACAUAGCACCAUUGAUCUGUAGAUCGUAUUUGCCAGAAAUUGCAAUAACAUCAUGGCAUCAUGCUGCUUUGUUUGCUCAAAUCU